AUGCCCAUGUCUGAUUUUCUUGAGAGCUGGCGGCGAGCUUUUGACACUGAUACCUUGUACUAUUUCCCAGCAUUCUCCAAACAAGCUGAUGCUAGGAAGAAGACCGACACUGUCGUCUUGCGUCAAGGCCUGGAACAGAUGCGUCAGCUACAUGACGCCUGGGUUGUGCAGUCUAAGGCCGGGAUACUUCGAAAGCCACUUAUUGAGUGGAUCCGCUUGACAGCAAGGCGAAGAUGCACCGAACCUGCGGACAAGGUGUAUGCUCUGCUGAACAUCAUACCCGAGACAGAAGCACGCUACUUCCAGCCAGACUAUCGCAAAUCUCCCCAAGCUGUCUUCGACGAAGUUAUACACUACCAUCUGUGCCAUACAAGCUGGAACUUGUCAACACUUCAACAGCUUGUCGACGACCUAUACGAUAAUAAGAACAGGAUCAUCGAGUCGUGCAUCGAGCGACCAGUGACAGCGAUACCAUACGAAUUACUGGUAUCUCCAGAAGAGCCCAAGCGAGUUUCGAAUCACAUCGCAUGGCGGUUCACCCCUUUCGCGUUGCGUCCAACGUUGGUACUGUCUCCAGUCAACUCCGCCACAAUAUGUCACAUACUGCAUCCUGGAACGCCUGCCCACCUCAAACAAGACGUUAGCAACCACAACCUCACACGUAUCGAGCGAUCCAUCAAGCAAGCUCUCGCCGUGUAUUUCAAGCACGCGUCGCGUAUGGUGACCACACUGCAAAACGUUGUUCCCUUGCAACUCUUUGGAUCCUCUGCCCAUCUGUUCACCUCUUUACCCACAGCACAGUCACUUCAAUCAACGGCCAGUGCUAGCUGGCAGUCUUAUGUGGAGAGCGAUGUUCAGCCUUUUGAGUUCAACGCGAUAAUUGUGGCGACGUCCGGCAUCGUUGGUAUCCAACUACCACAUCACACGCAUCAAGCUGCAAUAGGAGAACGAUUGUACGUCACUGAUUCUGGUGGCCUGAGCCAUGUCGUGCGCGGUCGGUACCUAAAGACCAUGUGCUUCGUUCCAGAAACCGAUAGCCUUAGAGCAUUCUUUGCAACUCACGGAACGGGCGAAUUUCCUGUUGCGAUCAGUCUCCCAAAGCAAUCAAAGUCGCACGACUGA